UCCCACUCAGUUCGUUCUGGAAAUCGUCAGAACAUUGCUGCCAGUCUGUAAAAAGAGAAAGUUUUCGUGAUUUCGAAGCUCCAAUCAAAACGAGUAAGUCUCAUGACGUCAGUUUCCUCUCUUCCUCUUGGGAACUGGAGUUGGCUACAGAUGGCUGGACCAAACACCGUGUAAAUUCCCACUCUCUGGUGAAACAUGAUAUGAACGGUUGUUUUCUUCGCAAGUAGAGAAGAUUUGCAAGUGUGAGUGUCGACUCACAGUCCCUCAAUUUAGAAACUUCCUAUCCGUCUUGGACUGAAUGCCAGCUCACGCACUGGAGAUAUCUCUAGCCAUGCGAAGGAGUGAUUUUGUCAAAAGGAAACGCAGCACACAGAAAGAUGCCUAUAGCACCAGCAGUGGUGAUGGCAGUAGUAGUAAUGAUGAGGAGGAGCUGAAGGCUGCAUUUUCUAAACCAAAGACGCCCCCAAAAGGGAAGAAACUUAGAGAAAGAACCAGUCCCUUUUCAUCUGACUCUGAUGAAAAUGUUAUGGGUGAACUUUCUGAGAAAGGCUCCAGCUGUGGAAAAGAUCAUGGUACCAUGCAAGCAGCUUCAAGUAAGGUUGAGGUGCUGCCCUCCUCUCACAAGGAUACUGGUCCUGAAUCGCUGAGUGUAAAGCCACAGGAUGAGCAAGCGGAGAAUAUACUGAAGACAGAGAAGUCCUGCUCAGAUGAGCAACGAAAGACUUCAAUUGAAAAUAAGAUGAAUAUUUUGAACACCAAGAAAGAUAAACCCAAGAAAAACAUGUAUUUGUUUGACUUUUUGGGAGAUGAAGUUAGCAAUGAUGAAUCACAGGCCCUCCAAGCACUGAGCAACUACUGGGUUACUAAAAUUGCCAGAAACAAAGAUAUUUUGAAAAGAGCUCCACCUAAAACCCAACAGGAGCAGGACUUUUACAACAAGUACUGUGAUAAGGAAGGCAAGCUGUCUAUCACUGCUGCUACCCAUCUCAUGAGCCUCCCAUAUGUGAUCACAGUGUGCAUGAAAAACAAUGCCCAGAUUGAAGUGGUUGUCUCUAAUCGAGAGAAGGCUUUGCAGGAGUCUGAAGAGUUGCAUCAAAGCUACUUUGAAGUAGUUGAAGCCAUGGCAAUGCAUUUAAUGUAAGACCUCAAACUAAAUGUAAAAAGAGACCAAGAAGAGAUGAAAUUUUUAGUUUCACCUUACAGUACUAGGGUAAGCUGCAUUAUGUGGCAAUAAUAGGUUAAAGUGUAAGUAGGAACUUUCUUUGGUAAAUGUCUCAUGACCUAAUGUCUAGUGAUACAAUGCUUAGACACACAUUUUGGUUAUUAAUUACUGUUGUGAUGCGCUUUUGAAUAUUUUAUAGAAAAGGCGCAAUACAAAUAAUAAAUGUUAUUGUUAUUACACAUGUAUAGUUUAGACUUCUGGUAAAUCAUGUUUGUAAAGUAUGAAAUGUUUGCAUAAGUCCUACAUGCAAACUUUGUUUUAGGCUUGUGUUGAUUUAAUUUGCAACUAGUUGCUUUUUGUAGUUUUUUACUAAUGAGGUGAGGUACAAGUUCACUCUUGUAGUCAUAGAUUCAUUGAUUGUCACGUAACUGAAAGAACCACCUACCUACUUUAGAUGUUUUGUUGUACUGAUUAUAAAUAAUAAAUGUAAAAACUAAUUCAUUGAAGGUGAAA